AUGGUGAGUAAGGAGAGGAAGAAUGUUAAAGGAAUUUUGCAUAUAAAAAAAGGGAAUAAAGUUGUGUCUGGCAAAGAGGAGAGGAUAUGUGUUGACUCUUUGGAUCUGAAUGCUAGUGAGACUAGCGAGGAGAAGAAUAAGAAUGAUGAAGAGAGUGAUGAUGACACUAGUGAGGAGAAGGAGAAGGAGAAGGAUGAUAGAGGGAGUGAUGAUGAAGAUAGUGAAGAAGGAGAUAAUAAUAACAAGGAUGAAGAGGACAAUAGAGAUAAGAGUGGUGACAUGAGUAAAACGAAGGAUGAUCGACAGAGUGAAGAGAAGGAUAACAGGGACAAUAUAGGCAGUGGUAAUGGGGAUAUUGAUCAAAUGGAUGAAGGGAAGAGUAAAAAUAAGGACAAUGAUGAAAUGAAGAAUGACAUACCCACGCCUAAUUCUACCAUAAAUGUGUCAUCUAAUGUUGAAGGUGAUAAUGUGAAGGGUGACAUACCGUGGCAGUAUUCCCAUUGGUAA